AUGAAUGGGGAAAGGAAUGGAAAGGGGCCCAUCCCUACGGAGACCACCGAUGUCGAAACCGACGCUGGUGGGGAUCGAGCCCAUGGCGUGAGUGAUGAACUGGAAAUCGACGAGAAAACGCUCGCCAGGACAGAGAGCUUCGAGAAGGUCAUUUCUGAGCUGAAAGUCAUACUCGGCGACACCGCUGGACUCAUCCGGCUGCCAGGAAUCAAAAAACAGAAGAACAAGGAGGCGAUGAUGUGGUGGGCUACAACCGGGACGGUUGUGUCUCUCAUCGGCGUGGUCACCCAGACGUUCUACGCUACCUGGAUCUUCUUGAACGUGGUGUAUUGGCGUUUGGCUGGCAUACCCAGAUUGCGCGAAGCACUCAUUGCUUUUGUGGAGAAGAUGGCUGCCAAAUUCAACAUACACGACCUGCUCGAGAACUGGGCUGACCCGGCUUACAUAUACCAAGUUGUUUCCAGCAACCGGAAUUUCGUUCAGGACACCGUGGCAAAGCUCCGAGAGAAAGUGAACCGUCGCGUGGAUCUACCGGACAGGUGGACCUGA